AUGCGGAACUUGUUUGCCAACUUCGCGGUGACCAUUUCGCUGGUCACGGCCAGUGCGUUUGCCGCCAUCUACAAGACGGAGACCAACCUGCGAAUGCUGAACGUGGAGGCGGAGCUCGAGCCAGCACUGACAUUGAGCACUGGUGCCAAGCGCCCUUGGAUCGUGAACCCUAUGGGAUAUGAGAAAGAGUUCCCUGUGGAGGGUAUCUUCUUUGCCAUCCUGCCUGCUAUUGGCUUCACCGUGCUUGGCUCUUUGGUGGUCGGAACCAUUUUCGUCGGACCUCGCCGGGGAAUGGAGAGGGCUUGCACCCGCCUUCGCCUUGUGGCUUGGUACCUGGAGCGUCUUGGCUUUGAUCCAUUGAGUGGUGGCCGCUGGGCCGUACCCUGGAUCGACAUGGUGGGGUUGAAGGGUCCUGGCUACCACCUGGACCUCUUUGUGCGUGGCGCCGUGACGCUCCCCGCUUGCGCGAUUUUGGGUUUGCCGCUCUCGGUGGCCUCCACAGUGCCUUCUAUCACCCACGUGAUCUCCCUCACGACCUACGAGGUGCAGCAGCUGCCUCAGGGUGAGCGCAAGGUGCCGGUGAAGGUCGUGGAGCAACGAGCGACAAACUUCCUCAUCCACGUCUUAAUUGGCUGCGCACUCUUCUUGGCGCCGGUUCUGAAGUUCUUGCCACGCUCAGUGCUGCAAGGAGUCUUCUUCUAUAUGGGUAUCGCAUCUUUGACAGGCAACAACCUGUUUGAUCGAUUGUUCCUCUGGUUGGUUUGGGAACCGAAGAACUACCCGGCCUACAUCUACAUCCAAAAAUUGCCCGUCAAGCGGGUGCACCUCUACACCUUUGUGCAGCUCAUUUGCUUGGCAAUCCUCUAUGGCCUCAAGGAGAUCAAGGCGACCUCCGUGGUGUUCCCAUUCUUCAUGGCUUCCCUGGCCAUUAUCCGCAAGGCCAUGAGGUUCAUGUUCACUGCCGAAGAGCUCAAGUAUUUGGAUUCUUAUCCUGAUGCAGAUGAGGAAGAG